UAUAAAAGAGCCACAAUCCUUCAACAUUAUCCUCAAGUCGAAAGCUCUCAGUUGUACAGUCUUACUCACUUCACAAUGUUCUCUCGUAUCUCUUCCUUCACUCUUCUUGCCUUGGCUGCAUUCACGGCUGCCCAGGAGACGAACACCACCGUCACCGGUGGGAAGUGCAACUCUGGUUCCCUCCAGUGCUGUAAGUCUGUCCAGGACCCCACGUCUUCUGCUGUCCAAGAAGCAUUGGGUCUCGUUGGUAUUCCCAUUGGUGAUGUCACCGCUGAUGUUGGUUUGACUUGCAACCCCAUCACCGUUAUUGGGCUGGGAACUACCCAGUGUGUUAACCAGCCCGCUUGCUGCGAGAAGGAUAACUUCAAUGGUGUUGUUGCUCUCGGAUGCACCCCCAUCAACUUGGGACUCUAAGUUCACUCAAGGAACUCUCGUGUCGAUCUUCUGGUUUUUUUUUUUUCAAGGAGGGAUUGGCCUAAUAUUAGACAGUUCUUUUUACAAGUGUCAUUUAUGCUACACAUUUUAGACUUAUGAUUCGCUUAACACGUAUAUCUUUUUGCCCAUAUCUAA